AUGGAGGAAUUGCAAGCUAGACAUCGGAAAGAAUUGAAGGAUUUGCAGGGACGCAUUACUCAAAAGAAGAAGUCUGCUACGAAGAAGACACGCAAGGGCAUUAAUGAUGAGUGCGAGCGUCUCCAACGAGAAAUGCUUGACAAGCAACGUGCUGAGAUAUCUGCCCUCCUUGGUGAAGCGGAGCCACCAACCGAUGACCGUGACAACCUCGACCUGGAAAAUGGUGCGGGGCACUCAAUACAACCAACAACAGACGAUGACAUAAGCUUGGUUCACUCAACCUCUCAUAUUUACAGCUCCGAUGCUCAGAUCACAUCACCUGAUAUACCAAAGGAGACCCCUAAGAAGAAACCAAAUCGUCAAAAAGCACGUCUGGCGCGGCGCGCAGCUGAACAAGAGGCCGAAGCUGCGAGAGUUGCAAAGGAGGCGGCCCAUCAGACUGAUCAUCGGGGCAACGAGAGGAGGAACAUGGAUGCAGCUUUUUCUCGUCUUGGGCUAAAAGAGGAGGAAAUCCGUCCCGACGGACAUUGUCUCUACGCAGCUGUUGCUACUCAACUUGUGAACAAUGGUAUUCCCUUAAGCGCGACGCCUCCAACUACUGGGCUUACAGAUCCCAAGUCGGGUGGCGCAGCUGCAUAUCAUAUAGUUAGGGAUGUGACAGCUAGUCAUAUCACGAACCACGCAGACGAUUUUGCACCUUUUGUCGAAGAACCUUUACCUGAGUACGUCCGCAAAAUAAGAGCCACUGCAGAAUGGGGAGGGCAUCUUGAACUACAGGCCAUUGCUCGAGCAUACAAUGUUCAUGUCAAUGUUGUCCAAGGAGAUGGACGAAUUGAGAAAUUCGAACCCCAAAAUAGCAACGAGGAGGACGUCAAGACGAUAUGGCUCGCCUACUAUAGACAUACUUACGGGUUGGGAGAACAUUACAACGCCUUAACAAAAGCUUCUUGA